ACCACCGGUGCACCGAACUGCCAGCCCUUUUCAGUUUUGAAUGGUACUUUGCCUUUUUGGCUUUUGAUUAUUGUUUCCAAACCACCCCAUGCCGUGUUUGGCGUGUCCAGUCUUGACUUUCCUUAGUACGCUUGAGAGAGAAUAAUACAUGUGAAUGUGAAUGUUCUCUCGCUAUUGUGAAUGUAUAAGUAGUUAUGGCUCUUAGUCCUGCUUUCCUCGGAAGGCUGUGUUUCUCCCGUACCUUGUGUCAGAGUCUCAGAGAUCAUGGAAUGAGUUCUGGAGGCACUUGCAGUUCCAUGUUAGGCUCUACAAUUCAGACUCGUGAAAGUACUUCUUCGGCGCAUUAUUUCAGUGAGCAUAGUCCUCAUCAACUCCUGGCAACUCCAGAGGCAAUCAGGAACUACGUUUCAAUUCUAUCUCCGAGGCAGCGGCGCCUUCUUUUGGUUGAGUUGGAUCGAUUUCGGGAGCACAGUGACAACACAGAUGAACUACGCGGCACAGCGCACCAUUGUAAUGUGCCUGAUAAAAGCACGUUGACAACAGUAAUGUUCGCUAACUUUGUGCCAUUUGUGGGAUUUGGAUUCCUGGACAAUGCUAUUAUGAUCGCAGCUGGUGAAAGUAUAGAGAUGACACUAGGAGCAGUGUUGUGCAUCUCCACUAUGGCAGCGGCUGCACUAGGCAAUCUAGUAUCUGAUGUAGCUGGAAUGGGCCUUGCAAGUGGUGUUGAGUCUGUGGCAUUGUCAAUGGGAUUAUCUAUGCCCAAGCUAACAUCAGAGCAGCUGCUAAUGCGACCUACAAGAGUCGCAAUUUACACAGGUCGGACGCUCGGUCUAACAAUAGGCUGCAUCAUCGGUAUGUUUCCGCUUCUGUUCAUCGGUAAAAAACGGGCAUCUAGUAGUACGGUCGAAGAUGUAUCGGAUGCAUGACGGCGGUCGGUCUUCCCCACACUAGCUAGCAGGUUCCACUGGUGCUGUCCGUCCCUAGCAAGUUCUACUGGUACGUUGUCAGUCUUCUCCGUACUAGCUAGCAGGUUCCGAUGGUAUGUUGUUUGGUGCCAGUCAUUGAGCUGGCCAACUUAUUUAUAUAUUCUGUUUUCUAUGAUCUGAACUCUGCACAGUAGCACCUGGUGAACACCAUAGGGUUUCAUGGCGUGUGUUGAAUUUCUCCUAGCAAGACUUGAGCGCUGACAGAUUCUACUGCUCCGCCUAGACGGUGGACAGUACUUUUGAAGUUUUGAUUAUUAUGAUUGCUAUUGUUUUUCUGUUAUGGUGGCGUGUGUUAUAAGGUGGUCUUGCCAUAGGUAUUUUUUUUAGCUUGUUUCCGAUCGCUGUUUUUCUUAUCUUGUGUUAGGACUGGUUUAUGUCUGAACUUUGCACUACGUGAAUUCUUGACUUGUACGUACACAUAGCUGCUAGUUUUGUGUUUUCAAACUUUCUUGCCCACACCCUGCCUAUUCCCAGUGUGCUGGCAUGCUGGUUGGUAUUACAUAUUUAUUUUGUCACCUCUUUAUUUUUUGCUAGUCGACUAGCUUUUUACUUUGACGUUGCACCAUUGUUGCAGCAGCUGUUGAUAAUGUCGCUGCUGUGACUGUAUUUUUGAAUCAUUUUCCUUGCUGCAUUGUUACUGGUAGCACCAGUAUUAUGUAUAGGGAGUGAUAUAGCUCCCUUGGGCCUUGUUAUCACUGUACCUACGUUUACUUGAGUCAGGGAUGCAUGUCAUUCUGUCAGAUUGAAUGAUAGUCAUUAUGAACAUCCACCAUCAUCACCACUCACAUGAAGUGUGUGCAUGAUGCGAAUGUGGGA